AUGUUUUACUCCCACUUCCGGAAGAUUUCACCCGCAAAUUUCCCUUUCUGCACGUGCUGCUUACGUGGUCAAAUAAACCGACGAUCAGCUUCUAGCCUCGGAGACAACUUUGUAGACGUGUCUAAAGAUGAAGUGAAUAAAAUAGAGGAUGAAGAUGCAAACAACGAAAAAGUCAAGAGGUCAGUACGCGACAGGAAGGUGACGAUAGAGGUGGGCGUCUACUUGGAUCGACUCUUCUUAAACAAAGUAUGGGAAAAGCAUCAAAUCUCCUCAAACCAGCAGCUUACAGACUUCAUCGCUCGAAAAUGGAGUGGUAUUGCCGGUGUGCUGCACAACCCCUCGCUGGUCGGGUGGGACAUCACGAUCAAAGUCGUCAAUGUGGAGAUCUGGAGAAGCAACCCGUGGUGGUACCAAGACUCCACUAAAGACCUAGGAAAGCGUUUGAGGAUGGCGUCUACCAACACCAUGAAUCAGCCUUUUGACUACAUUUCCUUCGAAACCGCGGAUGCCGAACCACCUGGGAAGAUGGGUUUGGCUCAUGUUGGGGGGAUGUGCAACCCAAGAAACCGCGUUGGUAUCACCAAGGGAGCCAACUACAACUUUGCACCUGAGAUCCAUGAGAUGGGACAUGCCAUGGGACUGAAGCACGAUAACCAGAUAUGGCAGUGUUCAGGACGUGAGAAAGGUUUCAUGACUACAACUCAGAGUGUCUUCAGACCAUGCUAUGCUAAAGUCCUCGACUCCUCCUUCAGGGACAAAUCGAAGUCCUGCUUGUUUGAAGACAACGUUAAUACCUGGAACUAUAGUCCGGUCAAACUAGGUUGAGUAUGAACAGGACUUGACAAGUCGUACAGAGUCGUGUCCAGCAUAAUUUCUAUCUUGUAUUCAACUGACGCUUGUGACAAUAAAACUUUACAGAGAAACAUU